AUGCCGAGCCGAAAGCUGAAACUUGCCGCCGGACAUCCGAUAUCUGGCGACCAUGAGACUGGAAGUAUUCCGCACGCAAAGAAGCCCAAGGCUCGACCACCGCGCGGAUGGCGAGACAAGGCUAUCAUCCCGGCAAAGUCCUUGCCUACAUAUACCGGACCGUAUCCUGUCGCGACCAUGGAAAUUGAAGUGCCAGCGAAGAAUCCGAGAGUCUUCUCCAACAUCACACGACACGGACGCCACGUGUUGCAGCUAGAGACUGUGCUGAUAACCAUCUACUAUCCCACUUCUCACGAUGACUUUCAUUUGCAGCGGCACGAUCCGAGGUUUUCAAGACAGUUAUGGUUAGGCAGACCCAGGCUUGGUAUAGCAACAGGCCUCGCAGCUUUCGGCGGGUUUGGCGCUUGGGCGACCCCGGUAUUCUGGCCUGCAUUCUGGACAAAGCUACCGGCCUAUCGGAAUGCACCUAUCGCCAGCCAUUGGGCACCCCUGGCAGAUACCAAGGCCUAUGGGACCAAAGUGAAAACCCAAAGCGUCGCCCGGCCCGCCGGCGCUCCCGAAGAGCCUGUUUUUCCUUUGGUGAUGUUCAGUCACGGCUUGGGGGGAACUCGCACCAUGUACAGCUCGCAUUGUGGAGAGUAUGCGAGCCAUGGCUUUGUGGUGUGCGCAGUCGAACACCGAGACGGCUCUGGUCCGCGUACAUACGUCAAUCAUGCCAAGUCGGGAUCGGGAAGCAUGGAUGAUCUCGAGGCCAAGGGCCAUAUCGAUCACACCCCCCAACAACACGCAAAAGGCUACGAUAUCAUCGACUACCUUUGGCCAAAAGACAACCCGCUGGAUACCAUGCCGAACAACAAAAAGGGCGUUGACACGGAACUGAGGAAUGCGCAGAUCAAUCUGAGGCUGGCGGAGAUGGAGGAGGCGUUUGACAUUGUCCGCGAAAUCGCGAGCGGAAAUGGCCAGAUCGUUGCAGACCGGAAUUUCCGGCGGAAAGGGUUUAAAGCGUCUAGCUCACACGGACUGAAAGGUGUCAACUGGCCGAAAUGGAAAGGGCGUGUUCAUCUGGAUGCGGUGACUGCUUGUGGGCAUAGCUUCGGCGCGGCGACAGUUGUUGAGAUCUUGCGACACACGGAUCGCUUCCCGUACAUCUCACAGGGCAUCAUCUAUGACAUUUGGGGUGCCGGAACUCUUCCUCCCGAGCCAGAUGCACCGAACCAUCGGAUCCGAAGCCCCCUCCUCGCCAUCAACAGUGAGGCCUUCACCUACUGGUCAAGCAAUUUCGAACUAGUCGAGUCGCUUAUUCAAGAAGCGUCAGAGGCUCCAGCUUCUUGCCCAGCCUGGCUCAUGACCUUGAGAGGGACGGUGCAUGUGUCUCAGUCCGAUUUCUCGCUGAUGUGGCCCAACAUCACCAGUCUGCUGCUCAAAGCAGUUGCCAACCCCCAGAGAGCACUGGAUCUCAACAUCAAUGCCAGUCUGGAAUUUCUCAGCCUCGUCCUCCCGAAACACAUCGCCCUCGUCAUUCGGACGUAUAGUUACGAAGGGCUUUUGGAGUUGGACGAGGAAGCUCUCGAAAAUAUCGCGACGAGAGAGAAGCACCAGCCCAAAGAGAAGUUUGUCGCCAUGCGAUUGCAUAUUGAACAUGAAUGGCUGUACCGCACCAGGCCCGGGUGGAUGCGUGCGAGACAGCGUCGGAAGAACCGGAAGUUGGGUCGAGAGCCGGACCCGGGCGAUGAGGUUUGGUUGCAUGUGAAGCCGCCAGCGGAGUGCGUGGAUGCGCAUCAGAGGCGUGUCGAAAGCAGUGCCCAAGGGCGGGCGGAAGAGGCGGGGCGGAAUGCUGUCUCACCAUCACUGGAGGACAAACCCAGUCCAGCGGGAGAGGCGGAUGGUGGCAUUUGA